UUUUCAUUGGCAGCACUCGUCCUCAGAAACAGGUGACGCAUUAACAAUUUUGCGUUUGUCAUAAAUAAGUUAAGACAAAGGGCGAGUUUUAAUUGUGAUUUCCGGGAUAUUGUACACUUUUAAGAAACAUGUCUUCUAGAAGAAAGGUCCUCCUCAAAGUAAUCAUCUUGGGCGAUAGCGGUGUGGGUAAAACAUCGCUAAUGAACCAGUUCGUGAACAAGAAAUUCUCUAACCAGUACAAGGCAACAAUAGGAGCAGAUUUUCUCACGAAAGAGGUAAUCGUCGACGAUAGAAUCGUUACAAUGCAGAUUUGGGAUACUGCUGGGCAGGAGCGUUUCCAAUCAUUGGGAGUGGCGUUUUAUCGCGGGGCGGAUUGUUGCGUCUUAGUUUUUGACGUAACUGCCCCCAACACAUUUAAGUCCUUAGAGAGCUGGCGAGAUGAAUUCCUGAUACAGGCUUCACCGCGUGACCCAGAGAAUUUUCCUUUCCUCAUAUUAGGUAAUAAGGUUGAUUUGGAAAAUCGCGCUGUGACUCUUAAGCGCGCACAACAAUGGUGUCAGAGCAAAAAUGAUAUCCCAUUUUAUGAGACGAGUGCCAAAGAAGCUGUGAAUGUUGAACUAGCGUUCCAGGAAAUCGCCCGCCGUGCCCUGGCCCAGGAGACGGAGACGGAGCUGUACAAUGAGUUCCCUGACCAGAUAAAGCUGAAUGCCAACGACUACAGCCGUGACCGCGAACGGGACCACUGUGCUUGCUAAACCUCACAGCAAGCAAUUUGUGCUCUUGCUAAUUCAUUUCUCAUUUUUUAUUCAUUAAAUACCUAUUACAAAAAGUAUAUUUAAUAUUAUGGUGUAAGUAAUGUAUUUCAUUAUGUCAUUGUCUUGUAAAGAUGUAUUGCAAUGAUAGUAAUGAAAUACAUGGAUUUGUUUGUAGAGCACAUGCCACUAAAAUGGUUAAAUACAUGUAUGUAACAGUGCACUAUUUUGCAUUUCAAUUUAUGGCUCAGCUUUUACAUCCAUUGUCUGAUCUGCCUGUUCAAGGAUGUACAUAGAUUUUACUUAUAUCAAGGUGAAUUGUGUUCUUGAACAUUUAAUUCACUUUACUAAAUAUUUCUUUGUCUAAGGAUAAUCUUAAAGCUUGUUUUUUGUUGUAUUUGUCUAGCUCGGAAUAUAGUGUACCUACUACAAAGAUUAAACAAAUGGCAUUUCUGCCUCUGGAGUAAUAAGCAAUAUUUAAGUAGGCCUCGUAGUAUAUUUAUACCAGAGUUGUUUAUAUUGCACAGGGUUUUUGCACCUGAUUUUUAGUUGCAAUGUUAGCAAUAAAAUAAAGUUUGAUAAAAAAUUGCAUGUGAUGCUAUCCUUAUGAAUAACUGAACUCAGCAUACCAAACAAGUGUACUUACAUCUGCAAUAAAUAGUUAAACAAAUAGUCCAAGUAAUGUAAGAGGUAAAAAAAUCUUGAUGUACAAAUAAUCUUUUGAUUCUUUGACUGGUUGGCUGUCAUAUUGAGCAAUGAAUAAGCUGGGUUGAGCAUCAGACAAUGACACUAUUGAAUAUUCUCACGUAUAAAUUCUGGAAAAAUUUAUAUUUUUAAAUAGUUGUGCUGGCUAGUGGGAAAUUUUAUUUUCAUAGAUGUAGAUUGGUUUGAUUUAUAACAAUGUUGCACACUGUAUUUUAGUAGAACUAAACAUAAAAAUCUGCCGGCUUCAGCUUGUUUGUAGUAAAUACCACACAAGCUGAAAGUGUUUGCUUUGAUUAUUUAUCAUGCACUCCUACAGCGUAGGGUAAAACAUUAUUACUAUUAGAGCUCAUACACAUCAGUGGCCAUUCUAGAACUCUUAAUUUCCACAAUGUUGUCCAAUAUAAUGCAGUUUUAUUGAACACUUUAUCAACAGUUCUUGAAGGAAAAGUAAGCCAAAGUAACUCCAGCUUGCCUACAAAUAUAACAUUCUGCCACAUCCAAGGAAUAAAUAUAACAGCAAGUGAUUGAUGGGGUAAAUAAAAUAAUGGGCGCAUUCCAUUUUAUGUCAGCUCUAUAAGGUAGUAAAUCAAUUAACUCAUUUUAAUUAUUAUUGUUACACAAAACUGUUUGUGUAUAUAUGGAAUAUUGUGUUAGGGUUAAGUAGUUAAUCAUAACUUGAUAUAAUGCUAUAAUUGUUCAAGUUAUAUUUCAUUAAGGCCAUUAUAAGAACAAAAAAAAUUUUGUAAAAGGACAUAUAAUUAUGUAACUGUAUACAUAAGUUGUUAGAAAGAGCCAUGGCCAAAUCAGGAAUAACAAUUCUCUAUUUACAGACGGCUUGAUUCACGUGCCUAAUAAUCUAAGCCCAAAUUAAAUCAUAAUUCUAGCAAAUGUUCAAGUACUUGCCAUUAUUAUUAACCAUAAGAUUGAUUGGUGGCUGCUGAACAUUAAAAUAAUAGAGUUGAACUUUAAGGCUAUAAAUACAAGGCUACCCUUCAGUAGUUCCAAAAAACCUACUCAUAAGUUCCAAUUACAUAUGAAUACCUAUUGUAUUGCUAAAAUACUGCUCUUGCUAUAUUGUCCUGAUAAAGAAAAUGCAAUGUGUAACAUAAAGACCUGCUAACCUCUCGCGUCACAAAUUAUUUACGAGAGUUGGUCCAAAUAUGUUAGCCGCUCCGGCUCUACUCAUGCGAUUGCAAUAUUAUUUAUACCAUUGCGAGGAAUCUUUCAGUACUUGUUGAGGUGGUGUAGAUUUAAUUUUAGAGAACACUUGGUUUUUUCCAAUAUUUUUUUUUAUUUGACGUGUCGAAGACUAACCAACAGGCAUUAUGAUUGAUGGUUAGUAAUUGUGACUCCAUGUGUGCUAUCAUUUUAUAAAUAUUUGCUUUAAAAAAAAUUAUUUUUUUAGGUACUUACUGCUAAUUGCGAAUCUGGACCGUUUUUAUGUUUAAAUCGUUUUGAGUGAGUAAAUAUUAAAUAUGACUUCAUGCAGGUGUCAACAAUAAGUAAUUUCAUCAAAAGUAAAAAUUGCAGAUAAUAUUAAAAAAAAUGUGCUAUAUAAAUUUAUUUAUCAGUUAUAUUUGCGAAAUAGCAGUUAUUUUUGGUUCCUCCAAAUAAUUAAUCGCGGGUAGAUUUAUGUUCGAUUUUAAAAGAUUAUUAGUUUAAAUAAUUUUCAUAGCCAUAAUUAGCAUUGAAAUAUCCCUCGCAAUGGUGUAAAUAAUAUUGUAUUGUAAUCGCAUGAGUAGAGCCGGAGCUGCUAACAACUUUCGGACCAGCCCUGUAUACCACCUUACACUAGUUAGAGACACAUACACAUUUUGUCAUAUGUUAACAAUAGGGUAUUCUCUCUCAAUCGUUACCAUUAUGUCAAAAUGUGUAUGUGACUCGUAACUAGUGUUACACUAGUUACAAGACUCGUAACUAGUGAUGUGGUAUACCCCCGUAUCCCGCUGGUCGGAAAGUUUUUAGCUGCUCCGGCUCUACUCAUUAUUUGACCUGCGAUGAGUCGUCAGUGUUUAUCCCGUUCACAUCGUCAGGUACUGUUUCGGAGUCUACCUUCCGUUAAAUGGUACCUUAUUAAUUAUUAUAAAAUGUUAUUGUGUGUCCGAUCUUUAUAAUACCUACUACUCGAUUCGUCACUUUCCCUGUCAGCUGCGCCUGCGCGUCAUCUAUGACAAAGGACACAGAGUAGGUGAAGCGGUUAUACCUACUCUUGAAUCAGAACAUAUUGCUGUCAGGGGUAGGUUUGCAGUGGUUUUUGUUAGACAUUGUGUUCCCAAAGACAGAAAAUUUAUUGCCUAUAAAAAAUAUUGUUUAAUUGUUACAAGAUGCUUGUUCUAUUAACCUUUACAUUCAUUUGUAGAGUUAUUUUUACGUUUAGAUAUACUAUACAUAUACACAUAUUUGUUAAUUUGCAUGAGGUUUAACACCAUAUAUUAUUAAUAACCAUUAAUACUUUUUACGCAGUAGCUAUAUGGAGUAUUAUAUAUUAUGGUUUAUACAUUCUUUAUAUAAAAAUAUUCUUUCUAGGAUAUUUAAAAAAAGGUAGUUACAUAGUAUGAUGUAUGCUGUAAUAAUGGUUGCUUUUGACUUUAUAUCAAUAAACAGAUAAAAACCCAUAA